AUGGCAGAGAUGAUAAGCACUGUUCAAAAGAAGAUGUUGGAUAUGCAAUCCAAAAUGAUGAGUAUCGAAAAGGGUCAAAGAUCAAACAAGAAAGAAUUACAUUCUCUUCUUGAAACUCAGAAAGAAAUGGAGAAGACCAUGAAGAGGAACACUUAUGAGAUUAACAUGCUCAACAACACCUAUUCCAUAUUUGAAAAGAACUUCUUCAAACGGCAGUCCGAAAGGUUUGAUUGUGAAAGGGAAUUUAACAUUGAUCUUCAUCAAGAAGUUAUGGCUGGAAUGAAUCUUGUUCAAGGUCAAAUGGUUGAGUUAACUAAUCAUAUGAAUAGAGUUGAUGCUGAACAUAUGGAACAAGCUGAUUCAUUUUCCAGAUCAAUUCAAGUCGUGGAAAAUGUUGAAGAUGUCGCUGAUAAAGAGAAAAGCCUUAUUGCCCUUCACGAUGAUAAUGUUAAAAAGGGGGAAGGAAGCUCAAGAGGAAGUGGAAGUAGUAGCUUAAGAGGAGGUGCUUUGACAGGCACCAGAUCUAAAAGAAAAGUUGUUGAUGAAGGAGGAUGCAGACUAAACAAAAGAGGUGGAGGUCGCGGUGGUGACCGAGGUGGCGGAAGUGGUGGAAGAGGUGGCCGUAAUCCCAGUGGUGGUCGUGCUCUCCCGCAAUUUCACAAUCUUCUGACUGGUGAUGGGUUUGCUGAUCCAAACGUGAAAAGGGAAGAACAAUAA